GCUGAGGAGUGGAAAGUCAUCGGCUCCUACAAGGCCAGGUGGUUGCCCGAACAGCGACACGACGCCGGCUGAGGAAUUGGCGUGCGCGACCACCGCCGCGCUUAUGAUGGCAAUGUCUUCCGACGAUGGCUCAACGACGCCGCGUGGCCGCACUCCUCCGAGUCACCGCGAUAAUGCAAGCGUUGUCGUCCUUUUGCAACCGGCACUCAUGUUGAAUAUCACCGUGUUCCAGCACGCAAACUGCCCGGAUGCGCAUCGGUUCGAACUUUGGGUCGAGCCGCUCGUGCAGACGCACCCCCUCACACCACCAGGACGAACUUACUCUCAGGUGGUCCAGAACGGCAUGACAAUGUGGUACGUCGACCACGGCGUGUGCUGCCUUCCUCGCCUCUUUGCGAGCUUGCCCAUGAUGCGAAAUGUUGCGCUGUUCGAUGCCGUCGUCAGCGGCCGCCUGAGCGUCCUUCAAUGGUUCGUCGACACGAGCCAACUGCACAUGACCGACUUUCCUCUUGUCGCGAUCGGAGCCUGGGCCGGCCAGCUCGAAGUGAUUCGGUUCCUCGAUGUUCAUGCAUUUCAGGGCUGCGCUGCACGUGCCGUCGAAUGGGCAAUGACCAUGCACCACGACGAGAUUGUGGAAUACCUCGAGCAACACCCUCGACCAUGUGCCCACUGCCAAGCCACCGGCAUCAACACCAUGUAACUCCACCAUCGCUUCGUGCCACGCCUCUUGCGCCACUUUGACGCGAAUGGUUGCGGGGAAAGCUGCAUUGAUCGAUGCAAAACGCCCGACAAUGGAGUACCGUCACGACAACGCCCGUACGAAAUGUUCAGGCUCCCUCUUC